UGAAUGAGACGACUGUUGCCAUCAAUUGACGGCUAAAACAAACACUAAAGCAUUGAAUUGUAAUUAAUUGUAAACAAAACACAAGUUUUAACAAAACAUUCAUUAAAUGCAUUGAUUUUAUUCAAACAAAUGUCACGACUUUUAUGUGAACAAAGUGUGCGCCACGUAUUGGCCGCGCGUCAACUCACGUGCAUAUCGUGGCCAAUGUAUGAGUCAGUUCGCCAUCAUUUAAAGCGCCGAAAGAAAGAGCCGAUACGCAAACCAAUUUGGACACCGAUAGCGCCGUCCAAACUGUUUCGCAUCCGAAACAAACCCGAACUGACCGCCGAUGAGAGUCAACAAAGACAACAUUUGGAGUACAACUAUGCGUUGAGUGUCAGAUCUAUUACACACUAUUUCAAGCAUGAGUUUUAUGAUCCGACUCUUUCUGGUGGCGGUCUUACAGAUGAACAGAUCAGAUUGGAGGCAGAAAAUCAACAGAAAUUAAUUAACGAAAAUAACAAAGAAAAUGAAAGAAUUGCUGAAAUAAGGGAACAAAGGAUGAAGACUUUGCAACAGUUGGCCGAUCAAAGAACUAUUGUUCAGUUCUUGGAACACACGGAACAAAUGAAACUAAAGGGCAAAGAGUUGGACGAAAGGGUCAGACAAGAGAUUCAGAGAUCCGAGACAUAUAUUACACUCGAGACUCUGGACGCGACCAUCGAAGAAGCGCUUACUCAUCCGAUUACAUAUGAUUUUGCCAUUGAUAACAACGGCAACAUAUACUCAGACCAACCGUUACAUCCGUAUGCUCUGAGGCCAAGUGAUACACCCGAUCACAACUCUAAUAUUGAAGAGAUGACCAAAAUCGACGAAAUUGCCACCAAAUUUGAAUCCAAAACUUUUUAUUAA